GAAGGAGCUGAAGUGAGGUGUUGUUAUUAGUUACGUGUCGGCAAUUCUCAUUGAAUAAUGUUGACUAAAUUCGAAACCAAAUCAGCUCGUGUUAAGGGCUUAAGUUUUCAUCCGAAAAGGCCCUGGAUACUCACUAGUUUGCACAAUGGAAUUAUACAACUGUGGGAUUAUCGCAUGUGCACACUUUUGGACAAAUUCGAUGAGCACGAUGGACCGGUCAGAGGAAUUUGUUUUCAUAAUCAGCAGCCUCUUUUCGUUUCUGGUGGAGAUGACUAUAAAAUAAAAGUGUGGAAUUACAAGCAGAGACGAUGUAUCUUUACCCUGAUGGGACAUUUGGAUUAUAUUCGUACCACAAGUUUCCACCAUGAAUAUCCUUGGAUUCUCAGUGCUUCAGAUGAUCAGACAAUCAGAGUAUGGAACUGGCAGUCACGAACUUGCAUUUGUGUGCUAACAGGACAUAAUCAUUAUGUCAUGUGUGCACAUUUUCAUCCAACAGAAGAUCUGGUGGUUUCUGCUUCCCUUGAUCAGACUGUUCGUGUAUGGGAUAUAUCUGGAUUGAGAAAGAAAAAUGUAGCACCAGGUCCUGGUGGCUUAGAAGAGCAUUUAAAAAAUCCCUCACAUACUGAUUUAUUUGGUACAUCUGAUGCUGUAGUGAAGCAUGUAUUAGAAGGUCAUGAUCGAGGAGUUAAUUGGGCAGCAUUCCACAGCACAAUGCCACUCAUUGUAUCUGGUGCUGAUGAUCGAUUGGUUAAACUAUGGAGAAUGAAUGAUUCUAAAGCAUGGGAAGUUGAUACUUGCCGUGGCCAUUAUAAUAAUGUUUCCUGUGUUCUUUUUCAUCCUAGGCAAGAACUGAUUUUAAGUAAUUCAGAAGAUAAAAGUAUUCGUGUUUGGGACAUGGUCAAACGGACUAGUCUUUAUACUUUCCGUCGAGAAAAUGAUCGAUUCUGGAUUAUGACUGCACAUCCAAGCUUAAAUCUGUUCGCAGCUGGGCAUGAUAGUGGUAUGAUUAUAUUCAAACUGGAAAGAGAACGUCCUUCAUUUGCUGUUCAUAAUAAUUUACUAUAUUAUGUGAAAGAUCGUUAUCUCAGACGUUUAGAUUUGAAUCAUUCCAAAGAUGUUUGUUUGUUACAGUUGCGUGGUGGAAAUCGUAGUCCAGUAUUUAGUUUAUCUUAUAAUCAUGUGGAGAAUGCUGUACUGAUUUGUACUCGAACCAGCAAUGUUGAUAACAGCACAUACGACUUAUACAUGAUACCCAAAGAAGUUGAUGCACAACCAAAUGAGGCUGCUGAAUGUAGACGUUCAUCUGGUCUAACUGCUGUUUGGAUUGCUAGAAACAGAUUUGCUGUUUUAGAUAGAACUCAUACUCUUGUGAUAAAGAACAUGAAGAAUGAAAUUACGAAAAAAGUACAAGCACCAAAUUGUGAUGAAAUAUUUUAUGCUGGCACAGGAAUGCUUUUGCUGAGAGAUUCAGAAGGUUUAAUUUUGUUCGAUGUUCAACAAAAUAGAUUACUAGCAACAGUAAAAGCGGGUAGAGUAAAAUAUGUUAUCUGGAGUAGUGACAUGAGCCAUGUUGCAUUCUUUAGUAAACAUGUCAUCACUAUUUGCAACAGGAGAUUGGAUGUGCUUUGCACUGUGCAAGAAAAUAACAGAGUGAAAAGUGGUUCAUGGGAUGACAACAGUGUAUUUAUUUACACAACAUCUAAUCACAUAAAAUAUGCUUUGACUAAUGGUGAUCAUGGUAUAAUCCGAACAUUAGAUGUUCCUAUUUAUAUCACGUGUGUCAAAGAUUCAAAUGUGUAUUGCCUGGAUAGAGAAUGCAGGCCAAGAGUUUUGACAAUUGAUCCCACUGAAUAUAGAUUUAAGCUUGCUCUUGUGAACAGAAAAUAUGAAGAGGUUUUGCAUAUGGUGAGGAAUGCUAAACUAGUUGGGCAGUCCAUAAUUGCUUAUCUGCAGAAAAAAGGUUACCCUGAAGUUGCUCUGCAUUUUGUUAAGGAUGAAAAAACUAGAUUCGCCUUAGCCCUUGAAUGUGGUAAUAUAGAGGUAGCUUUAGAUGCUGCAAGAAUAUUAGAUGAUAAAGCAUGUUGGGAAAAACUAGGUGAAGCUGCUUUACUUCAUGGAAAUCAUCAAGUUGUGGAGAUGGCAUAUCAACGAACAAAGAAUUUUGACAAAUUAUCAUUUUUGUAUCUGAUAACUGGAAAUUUGGAGAAAUUGAAGAAAAUGAUGAAAAUUGCUGAAAUACGAAAAGACACUAGUGGGCAAUUCCAGAAUGCAUUAUAUCUGGGCGAUGUUGCUGAGCGUGUCAAAAUAUUAAAGACUUGUGGUCAAACUUCUGUUGCCUAUCUUUGUGCAGUGACUCAUGGUUUAGAAGAGGAAGCUGAAAAUCUAAAAGCGAGUCUGGAGGGUUCUGAUGUCAGUUUACCUCAACCUGAUCCAAGUGCAGUGUUAUUGCAGCCACCUUGUCCCAUCAAUAAAUCUGAAGAGAACUGGCCUCUCUUGAGUAUAUCAAAGGGAUUUUUUGAUGGCACUGUCGGAUCACGUAAAACAGCAUUAACGGCAGAAGUUGCAGAUGAUAAUUUGGCUGAAGGAUGGGGUGAUGAUGCUGAGCUAGUCUUGGAUGAAGAAGGUAAUGUAGAUUCUCUCAUGGAAAGUGAUAGUAAAGAAGGUGGUUGGGAUAUUGAAGAUGAAGAUUUGGAAUUACCACCUGAACUUGAAGCAGCAACAGCUGUUACUGUUUCUGGUGAAGAAGGUUAUUUUGUAGCUCCCACACGAGGUAUUCCACAAACACAGACGUGGGUUAACAAUUCAAAACUUCCUGUUGAUCAUAUAUUAGCUGGAUCUUUCGAAACUGCAUUCCGAUUACUUCAUGACCAAAUAGGGGUUGUAAAUUUUGAGCCAUUUAAACAGUUAUUCAUGAUUUCUUUUGCCAGAAGCCAUACCUCAUUCCAAGGACUGUCAGCAAUUCCACCAUUGAAUGGUUUUAUACUUCGUAAUUGGAAUGAAGCUGGAAUGAAAAAUGGUGUACCAGCCAUUGGUUGUAAAUUGAACACUUUAAUUGAAAGACUGCAGUCUUGUUAUCAGUUGACUACCUCAGGAAAAUUUCAAGAAGCUAUUGAACGUUUCAGAACUCUGCUUUUGAGCAUUCCGUUGCUAGUUGUAGAAAGUAAACAGGAAAUUUCAGAAGCUCAGCAACUUCUUGAGAUUUGUCGUGAAUAUGUUCUUGGUUUGUCACUGGAGCUUGAAAGGAAAAGUUUACCAAAAGAUACUUUAGACCAGCAGAAGAGAACAUGUGAAAUGGCUGCAUACUUCACCCAUUGCAAACUAGAGUCAGUGCACCAGAUCUUAACUCUACGCACUGCUGUCAAUUUAUUUUUCAAGCUAAAAAAUUUUAAAACUGCUGGGUCUUUUGCUCGUAGACUUUUGGAAUUAGGUCCAAGAACAGAAGUUGCACAGCAAACACGGAAGAUUCUUCAAGCUUGUGAAAAAAAUCCAGUUGAUCAGCACCAGCUUCAGUAUGAUGAACACAACCCAUUUGCUAUUUGUGGGCAGUCAUAUAAACCUAUUUAUCGAGGAAAACCAGAAAUUAAAUGUCCUUUGUGUCAAGCUAGUUACUUUCCAGAAUAUAAAGGUAUUGUCUGCAGGGUAUGCAGUGUUGCUGAAGUUGGCAAAGAUACCAUUGGACUGAGAAUAAGCCCAUUACAAUUUCGAUAAUUUAUGUUAGAUUUGACUUUUUCUUAUGUAUCCUCUAUAGGAAAAAUUAUUUUUUGAACUAAAAAUAUUAUAUUGAAAAAAUUUACUAUUUAAAGUUUCAUCACCAAUUCAGUUUUUAGGGGUAGAAAUGUAUUAAGUUCAACAUUACUUAAUAUUUUUGCCAUUCUGUAAGGUAUAAUUUGAGAAUUGCUGAUUUUUAUUAAUGCUUUUAUGUAUUUCAAGUAUAUGAUUAAAUAAAUAAAGCAAUAUUAAAUUUGAUAGUU